AUGGUCCACAUGAAGGCGCUAGCCCGCGGGUACGUUUGGUGGCCCGGGCUAGACGCGGACAUAGAGGAAUGGGUUCGGGUGUGUGAGCCAUGUCAGCAGGCUAGGCCUGAACCGCCAACCGCUACUCCGCAAAGAUGGGAGUCGGUGGGAAAACCCUGGUCGAGGCUCCACCUCGAUUUUGCAGGGCCGGUUCAGGGGCAAAUGUUCCUGGUAAUUGUAGACGCCUAUACAAAGUGGUUAGAAGUGGCACACAUGCGCUCUACCACUUCGAGUGCUGUCGUCACUGUGCUGCGCCAGUUGUUCGCCACUCAUGGGCUGCCAGACGUAUUCGUGAGCGACAACGGCGCACAGUUUACUUCUGAGGAGUUCAGAAAGUUCUUGUCUGACAAUGGCAUCAGACAAAUGACAGCAGCCCCGUUCCACCCGGCCUCAAACGGCCAGGCAGAAAGAAUGGUAAGAACAAUAAAAGAAGCCCUUGCAAAGCUGGUAUGUGGAGAUUGGGGGGUGAAACUUGCGUCGUUUCUGUUAAGGCAACAUGUUACGCCUUGUUCUGCAACCGGCCGCAGCCCGGCCGAAAUGUUAAUGGGGCGACGUCUCGCUACCUUACUGGAUAGGUUGCACCCGGACCUAAAUGAUUUAAAACCCCAACAGCAGUGUGAACAACCUAAGGUCCAAACAUACGAAAAAGGUGAGCAGGUGUUUGCUCGAAAUUAUGCCAGUGGUCACUCGUGGCUACCAGCCACUAUUACCGAUGUAAUUGGUACAAGAAUGUAUGUGCUUCCUCUUCUGAAGAGGAGAGGCCCCUUCAAAACAAGCCCCAGCUUUCCUCGGCAGGACUUCACUGCUCCUCUCGAGAUGGGCUGGGAGCCGUGCCUCAGCCGGAGUGGGAGAAGGGGCGAGGCUGCCCAGCUGUCUCGAUGUCCGUCUGCUGAUGGUGCCGCCAGCCACGUGCCACAGAGUCCUGCAGUGCUGCUCUCCGUGUAUUUGACGAGCUGA